AACCUGAUAGCACCUCAGUUGCUUCGCGGGAAGUUGGUGGACAGGGUCAUGCCGUCGCCAGGAAGACUUGUACAACUUGUCCUAGGCUCCUUUUGUGCCGUGAAUGGAAUUUUGGAUUUUUAUAUGGAUAGCGGAGCAGAAAGACUGCGCUGGUCCCGCUGCCUGGCCAUCUACCGUGUAGUACACAACUUUAUGGUCUUCAGCCUGACGACGAAAUUCCUUCUGGAUUUCUGGGAAACGCACGCAGCGGAAAUCAAAAACUCCAAACUAAUGACAAUGAACUUUUUUACCUAUUUUACAUUGGUUUUCCUGGCCAUAACCACCUCGAUGGGGUGCUGCUACCAGUGGCAAAACAGGAUUUUUAUGGUUAUCCAGAAGCUGAGGCAUCAAAAGGACCAGAGCAAGCGGUUGGGAUAUCGAGUGCCGAAGUGCAAAAAGUUCUUCGUGGACUGCUCAAUGUUUCUAGUCACCAUCCUAAUGUUCCUUCGUCUUGGCAUCCAUGUGACCAUGUGGCUGAUGAGCGUCCGGAUGGGCUUCAAUCACCCCUGCAACUGCUUCUUUCCCGAGUGCAUGAUCUUUGCCAUGAAUUACCUGGUGUUUGCCAUCCUAGCUGAGAUAACCCAAUGCUGGUGGCGAUUGCAGUCUGGACUAGAGAUGCUACUCGUGGAUCCAAGACCAACAACUGUGGACUACCAAUUGUGUCAGAUUCAACGGCUGCACACCAUGUUUCAGUGCCUCAUCGAUGUAACCUCGGAAGUGUGCUCUAUAUUCAAGUUCGUCCUCCUGAGCUACACGGCUCGCAAUCUUUGGAGUGGCAUUGUGGCUGGAUACAUGGUAGUACGCGUGGUUCUCGGAAAAGGACAAGCCGACGUUGAGUUUAUGUACUUAAUACUGGCCUUUGUCACCUGCAUCCAACCACUGAUGUUCUCGUUUCUGUUGAACAGCAUGACCCACACAGCAGAUUCGCUACUCCAGGCAACCAGGUAUAUUUUAAGAACCCCUUACAAACGAAGCGAUCAGGUGGAUAGAAGUAUUGAAUGGUUAUCGCUGCAAUUGGCUAGGCAGCACAGUUAUAUCGCUGUCUUUGGUACUUUUCGCAUGAAUCGAUCCUUGCUUUUCAAUAGCCUAGCCAUCAUCCUGAUUCACGUGCUCUAUAUGGUGCAAUCUGAUUAUAUUUCAAUGACUAAGUAA